AUGGCUAGGCAUUGCGCCCUCAGCAUCGGAAGUGACAAUGAUCUAACUGCACCAGAGGCAGAGGCUCCUGCCAAGCUGUUAAACUUCCAGCUGUCGGUGGUGCUGAUGUUAACGCCAGGACUCCAGGAUUCUGGCCCCCACACCUCUCCCCCGCCGUACAAUGCUCCUUCACAGCCCCCUCCCCCGCCUCCCCCUUCCUCCGCCACCCUCCCACGUCCGCCUCGCCACCAUUCGGCCACCCUGCCCCGCCUCCCUCCCGACCCUUACAUGCAGGAGACUCAGUUCAAUGGCGCACCCCAGGGCUACGUCGUUCAAACACACGCACCGGUCGGGACCUUGCCUAUCGGAGGCUAUAUGCACCCGGGGUAUCCUGUCCAGCUACAGCCCUGCACGGCAUACGUACCCGUCUACCCCGUUGGGGCGUCAUACUCCCAGGGCAACCCUCCUCCACCACCGGCUAUGUCUCCAACACAGGUGUCCCCUGGCAUUGCCAUCCUGGAACCACGUCGCCCGCCGCACGAUUACCUUCCCAUUGCUGUCCUCACCACCAUCUGCUGCUUCUGGCCCACGGGCAUCAUUGCCAUAAUCAAGGCUAUCCAGGUGCGAACUGCGGUCGCUCGCGGCGACAUAGUCUCAGCAGAAAUCGCCUCGCGGGAGGCCCGCAACUUCUCCUUCAUCAGCCUGGCGGUGGGCAUCGCCGCCAUGGUCCUGUGCACCAUCCUCACCGUGGUGAUCAUCAUCGCCGCCCAGCACCAAGAUAAUGACUGGGACCCCUAGCGACCGAUCAAGGUGUUCUUCUUCGGCCUACUCCCGUACCAC